AUGUUCCAAAUCGCCAUCGUCGGCUUCCUCAUCAUAGGCGGCUAUGUAAGCUACCUGUGGAAGGCCGAGGGCGCCCUGCAGCGCCCGUGGAACCCCGACCCGGGCGCCGUCCUCUUCAGCCAGCGCCCGCUGCCGCCCUUCAUCGAGGAGUCGAGCAUAGCGACCUACACCUUCCCGCUGCGGACGCGGGGCCGCGACAUCGUCGACCGGACAGGGCGGCGCUUCAAGCUGUCGAGCGUCAACUGGUACGGCGCCAGCGACGAGCUGUUCAUCCCGGGCGGCCUGGACGUGGUGCAUCGGUCCGUCAUCGCCGCCACCAUCCGCCGCCUGGGCUUCAACAGCGUGCGCAUGCCCUACGCCGACGAGAUGGUCAUGGCCAACCCGGAGAUCCUGCCGCACCUGCUGAGCGCGAACCCGGACCUCGUCGGCGGGCGCGCCCUCGACGUCUUCCAGGCCUGCGUCGAGGCCCUGACCGACGCCGGCAUCGCCGUCAUCGUCAACAACCACAUCACGCACGCGACCUGGUGCUGCGGCGCCGACCCGUGCGACGCCGGAUGGGCCAACGACCACCUGGGGCCCCUGUGCCGCGUGCGCCAGUCCGAGGAGGACUGGAUCCAGCACUGGGAGACCAUCAUGGCGCGCUUCGUCGGCAACAAGCGCGUCAUCGGCGCCGACCUGCGCAACGAGGUGCGCGGCGUCUGGGGCACCAUGACGUGGAACCGCUGGGCCACGGCCGCCGAGAAGUGCGGCAACCGCCUGCUGGCCAUGGACCCGGACUGGCUGAUCGUGGUCGAGGGCACCGAGUCGGGCAACGACCUUCAGGGCGCGCGGGCGCGGCCGGUGCAGCUCGACGUCGCCGACCGCCUCGUCUACUCGGCGCACGUGUACGCGUGGUCGGGCUGGGGCAGCAAGGAAGGGCGCUACGCCAAGCGCAGCUACGCCUCCUUCGUGCAGGCCAUGCGCCGCAACUGGGGCUACCUCGUCGACGACGACGUCGCGCCCGUCUGGGUCGGCGAGUUCGGCGCCCCGCGCCACCCGGGGGAGGGCGACGCCAACUACUGGGCCAACCUGCUGCGCUACCUCAAGAGCAUCGACGCCGACUUCGGCUACUGGGCCCUCAACCCGCGCAAGCCCCACGAGAACCGCGUCGAGGGCUACUCCAUCAUCCAGGACGACUGGGUCACGCCCAUCCUGGACUACCGCCUGCGCGACAUGACGCAGCUCAUAGCGGGGACGUGGGGUGAUGAUAGGGGUGGUGACGACGGGGAGGAAGAGGAGCACGAAGAGUAA